GUGCGUGCUGGUCGGGGAUAAUGGUGUUGGCAAAACCACCCUCCUUAUUCAAUACACAGCCAAUUAUUUUUGUCCCCCGGAAGAAGUCCCCAUCGUUUUUGACAAUUAUUCCACCAAAGUUAGAGUCGGCGAUCAGUCCUACUACCUGGGACUGUGCGACACCUACAAACCUGAAGAACAUGACCGCAUCCGCCGGCUUUCAUACCCUGGAACAGACGUCCUCCUUGUCUGUUUCUCAGGACGGCUAUCCUUUGAAAAUGUGGAGAUGUGGUUGGAUGAAAUCCAAUAUUUCUGUCCGGGCGUUCCGUGGUUGCUCAUUAGAACUCGGGUUGAUUUGAGGAAUGAGCAAAGCUCUCGAGAUAAUAACGGGUGGAGAAAGCAAGUGACAAGAAAGGAGGGUCAUAAGUUAGCUAAGAGAUUGGGCGCUGUUAAAUACAUCGAAUGCUCUGCUUUAGAGAAAAUUGGUGUGGAAGAAGUCUUUGAAGAGGUACAGUACAGUACCAAUCACCGUCACUCUUUCCUAUUUACCGACUGUAGCUG